CCAUUUCCAAUUGCGUUUUGGUUAGUAAGGUUGCUAUCCUGUUUCCAUAGUUUUCCGAAGACCCCGUGGGAUACAGCCCAGUAACGAAGGGGUUAAGGAGUGGGGGUCCAGAUACCUCCUCUCCUCCUCGCCAUGACGAACAAAUGAACUCGCGGGGAAUGAAAUUUAAAUUCCACAAAGGAGAAAAGGUCUUGUGUUUCGAACCUGAUCCAACGAAGGCCAAAGUACUGUAUGAUGCAAAAGUUGUUGAUAUUGUAAUUGGUAAGGAUGAGCGUGGUAAAAGAGUCUCUGAGUACCUGAUUCACUUCAAUGGUUGGAACCGAAGUUGGGAUCGCUGGGCUGCAGAGGACCAUGUGCUCAGGGACACCGACGAAAACCGCAAAUUACAGAGGAAACUGGCUCGCAAAGCUGUGGCGCGCAUGAGGAGAAAGGGAUGGGGGAAGAGACGUCGCUGUCUGCCUGGUGUUGAGUCAGCUCUUAAGACCCUUACUGAAGAGGAGAAGGAAGACUGUGAGGACACAUGUUUGAUUUCAUCUUCAGACCACAGUGACGAGGACAAUUCUGAGGACCCUGAAUCUUUAAAAAGCGAGGAAAGUGACUCCUCUGAGGAUUUAGACAAGAUGGAAGAACAGGAGGCUCACGCCAAGAGGGAGGGGGAGGACAAAACCAUCAAUAUUGACAUCCCCGAAGUUCUGAAGAAGAAGCUGGAGGAUGACUGCUACUACAUCAACAAGAGAAAGAAGUUAGUGAAGCUUCCAUGCCAGAUGAACAUAGUGAAUAUUCUGGAAUCCUACGUGAAGCACUUCGCUAUUAAUGCUGCCUUCUCAGCCAAUGAGAGGUAUCGGCAUGCUCAGAGCUCCGCCCAGGCCAGCGUCAGUCCUCACUACGUUCCUCCCGAAAAAAAUGAGGAGCUAUGCAAGGAGAUGGUGGACGGACUCCGGAUCACCUUCGACUUCACCCUUCCCAUGAUCCUCCUCUACUCCAACGAGCAUGCCCAGUUUAAGAAAGUCAGCUCCUCCAAGUUCUUCCUACCUAUAAGAGACAACACCACCAGCUCCAGCAAGACCCUCCGCGAACGCACCCCCAGCCCCACGGGCCACAACCCCUCGACCCCCCAGUCCACAGACAGCCAGCCUGCCCUGAGCGAGGCCUCCACAGCCACCACCCCCAAGCGCAGGCGCUGCCCCGACUCGGACGCUCCCCAGUCCCUGCGGCGCUCCACGCGCCACACUUCCGGUGGGGACCGCCUGGCGGAGGGGGGCAGUGGCAGUGCCACCGCGUCGCCUCAGCCCAAACGGCGCCUGGCGGACACGCCUGCCCAGCUGCCCAAGUUCUUCCUCAAUCUGGAGAAGAGUAAGAGCAGCAAUGAAACACCGGUCCACAGUGGUUCAUCGUCUCCCCUGCCCCUGACGCCCAGUAAGGAGGGCAGCGGCGUGUUCUCUGGCCUUGAGAGCCGCAGGAACAACGAGCUUAACGAGGUCUUGAGCUGGAAGCUGACCCCCGACAACUACCCCCAGAGUGACCAGCCCCCUCCGCCCUCCUACCUGUACGGCUCCCAGCACCUCCUCCGCCUCUUCGUGAAGCUGCCAGAGAUCCUCGGGAAGAUGCACAUCCCAGAGAAGAACCUUCGGGCCCUGGUCAAACACCUAGAGCUCUUCCUCAGGUUUCUGGCUGAGUUCCACGAAGACUUUUUCCCAGAGUCUGCCUAUGUGUCUGCCUCCGAGGCCCACUACAACAUGAAGCACCCUCGACCUGUCUACUGAAGGGGGGGCGGCUCGGCACGGCCCGGCCCUGCUCUCCUCUAGGACAGCCAGCCCUGUCCUCUCCUAGCUAGGCUUCCCCCUGUCUCUGCCCUUCCCCAUGCUCCAGGCCCACAGCCUCCAGGGAGACCUCGGCCCAGGCCUUCUCCUCCUGGAGCUGAACAGGGCUGGCCCGUUUGGUUUCACCGAUAAGAAGGCAGAGUGCGGCCCCAGCUUCGGAUGACCAUCUUUCCCCCCCCCCCCGGUGAACCUCGGCUCAAGAACGACUUCACCCGCCCCCCCUCCGAGAUGUGAUGAUCCUGGACGCGACCUGUUUUCCACGCCGCUGCCUGUGUCCCGGGUCUGUGGAGGGGACGUUCAGGAGACGCUCUCUCCCUCUCUCUCCGUCCGUCUGUUCCUAACGAAACAGUUGGGAGGGAGACCGUUUCAAAGCGUUGCUUACAUGACUCUUGGGAUUCUGAGAGCUCCCUUCUCUGAUGCCACGCGUCGACGUGAGGAAUGACUGCUUGGAAUCCCCUGGGGUGGUUGCAAAAGGGUUUUUACACUAGCAGCCUUUCGAGUCCGAGGACUGUUUACGUAGGACUGUGGAGUUUGGAUCACUGUAUGCCUGUUUUGAUUCAGUUUAUUCACGACGUCAAACCUAUUGUAGAAAGCACCAGGCCAGUAAGCGUGUGACCCGAUUAUCAAAUUGCGAUUGGCUAGUUUGUCAGACGAUGAAUGUAAAAACGAUUUUGUUCACGUAGGGGUUUGUUUGUUGACUUGUUCAUUAACUGCGCUUUGGAAUUUCAGCACAUUUAUAGUUGGCCUGUCUCACAGCUGCGGUUGCACAUGUAGCCCUGUCAGUACAAAAAGGUCCAAAAAUAAAUAUUUUAAUAA